AUGGAACACAGAGUGAUACAUUUUUUUUCGCAACAACAUUUUAUCAGUCAGAGAAACCAGCUGCCUGAGACUGUUGAGACAUGCAACGACAACAGCUAUUUCAGAAGACGACAUCUACAACAAACACUUGUCUACAGCUAAACCUUUUGAAGAAAUGGCCAAAAAUACCAAUGUUACCCGUUCUAGGCAGCUCUUGGGUUUAUUUUCCUAUACUAGGAAGGUAUGACAAGCUGAGGAUGCACUUAGCUGACCGUCACAAAAAUCAGACCUAUGGUGACGUCGUUCGUGAAAAAAUUGGAAAAUUUGAGCUGGUAUUUUCUUUCAACCCCAAAGACAUGGAGACAUUAGUUAAAUAUGAAGGACGUUAUCCAGUACGAACUGAGCUCGCGUCGAUUAAAGUGUAUCGUGAAUCAAGGAAACAAUGGUACAAAACGAUGGGAGUAGCAAUUCUUAAUGGUGAAGAAUGGUGGGACCUUAGAUCCAAAGCUCAGAAGCACCUCAUGAAACCUAAAGCAAUUGAGGGAUUCCUCAAUCCCAUGCAGGAUGUGGCAAGGGAUCUUGUUAAAAAUAUAUACAACAAAAGAGACGGCAAUAAAGAAGUGCCCGAUUUUCUUAAGGAACUUCACAAAUGGGGUAUUGAAUCUGUGGCGUUGGCAGGGCUAGACACCCGGCUUGGAGCUCUUUCCAGCAGCGUGGCACCAGAUUCCGAUGCCUUACGCCUCAUAGUUGCAAUUCAGACGAUAUUUGACCUCUUCAUGAAAUUGGAACCAGCGGCAGGAAAUUUCCCGUUUUGGAAGUACUUUCCUACUCCAGCCUGGAAAAGAUAUGUUGCGGCUGCCGACACAUUCACUGAACUUGCGUUUAAGUACAUCAAUCGUGCUCUUGAGGCUCUCAAAAGUAAAUCAGGAAAUGAAGACAAUCUGACUUUACUUGAAAACAUGUUGCUGAAAAAGGAGUUAGAUCCUUCUGCUAUAAUGGUUAUGGUAGCAGACAUGUUGAUGGCUGGAGUUGAUACGACUUCUCAUACAGUAGCAUUUUUAUUAUAUCAUCUUGCCAAGAAUCCUGAAAAGCAGAAAAUUCUGUUUGACGAGCUUGUUACAUUAUUUCCGAACAAAGGUGACAAAAUUACGCCGGAAAUAUUUUCUCAACUCCGUUAUCUUAAAGCCUGCAUAAAAGAGUCCAUCCGGUUUGAUCCGGUCGCAAGGGGACACGGAAGAACAUUGGACCGAGAUGUGGUGAUAUCUGGCUAUCGAGUUCCAGCCAAAACUUUUAUUAUCAUUGCAUUGCAACAAAUCUACAGGAAUGAAAAGUAUUUCAAAAAUGCGAAUCAGUUCUGGCCGGAACGAUGGCUGAGCAAGGACGAUAAACCCAAGAAUCCAUUCGCCUACACUCCUUUUGGAAUUGGCACUCGUAGCUGCAUCGGACGAAGACUGGCUGAGUUGGAAAUAAUCUGCUUGUCAGCUGAGAUUUUAAGAAAUUUUAAAGUGGAAUAUCACCAUGAAGAUAUUGGUAUGAUCACUAGAACAGUAAAUGCUCCGGACAGGCCUCUGAGACUGAGUUUCAUAGAUCGUUGAAAAAUGUGAAUAAAUCGAUACAACAACACUUUCUGUGCAUUAUUUUUUAACUUCAAA